AUGGCUACAGUCAAUCCCGCCCAGCUCCCCCUCGAAGACCAACUCAUCCAUCUCCGCACCGUGCUCUCUUCCAAUCCCACCCUCAUCACCGUCCUUCAUCGUUCUGCAACGCUCAAUCUCCCCAAUUGGUACCUUGCCGCUGGCGCUGUCUCCCAAACGAUCUGGAACUUUGUCAGCGGCAAGCCCGCCGACACGGGGAUCCACGAUUACGAUUUGGUCUACUUUGACGAUUCUGAUUUAUCUUGGGAGGCGGAAGACGUCGUGAUUCAAGCCGGCAAGAAGCUGUUCGCGGAUAUCCCCGUCGAGGUCGAGAUCCGGAAUCAGGCACGUGUGCAUCUAUGGUACGAGAAGAAAUUCGGCGUUCCAUCUCCAAGACAUGAGUCCGUGGAGGCCGGUAUAGAUACUUGGAUCUCAACGAGCGCGAUGAUUGGGGUUCGGCUGUUGGAUACCGGGGAAUGGAGAGUUUACGCGCCGAGAGGCCUGUCAGACUUCUUCCGCAUGGUCGUGAGGCCGAAUGCGCAGGUAGGUACCAAGGAGAAGUACGAAGAGAAAGCUAGGCGCUGGCUGCAAAUCUGGGACCGAUUGACGGUGGUGCCUUGGUCUGACGCAGAGGUGCCCCAUGAACCCAAAGUCAUGAUUUAUGAUUAUUCUGCCUUUUAA